UGCAUUCAUUAUUUUCAUUUUCUUAAGUUUAAGUUUGCUGUUGCUGAUCGAGACCCAAUAAUCUUUAUUAGACGUACUUCAGUAUUUUUUUGUUAAAAUACUGAAGUAUUUCUAAUGACUGCCGCCGAAAUGAGGGAAAAACUUGCUGAUGAAGAGGAAAAUGAAGAUGAAUUUAAUCUUAAUAUUCUAGAUGAGGAGGAUGUAUUUGAAAACACAAUUAAUCAAACGGUGGAAUAUCUUGAUGGUAUUGAAAAGGAUCUGGCUCUGCAGAUAGAAGAAGAAAAUGUGACACCAAGGCUAUCUAUUGCCACAAUCUUUUCCCAAAUUGUACCGCCUCCUAUAAUAAAAAAAGAAGAAAAGUUUGAUUCAAGCCCUAAGGAAGAUAUUGCUCCAGGAAACGAGCAACAAAUUAUUGAACUUCCCCCUUCAACUUAUGAAGCUGGGAAAUCAGACUAUGAUCCUGAGAAUGAACCAUUGUCUCCGGCCUCCCAAGAAUAUGAGUACCAUGAAAUUAAAGAAGAGUAUGAAGAAGCUAUAGGAGUAGACAAUGGGACUUGUGAGAACAAAGCCGUUGAAGUGAAGUCAGAUACUAGUGAUGGUAGGAUUGAAAUUUCAAGUCAAGACAUGAGUCUUAAAAUCUCAAACGUAAUAACUUAUGAAUCUACUUCAACACAAGAAAAGAUAUCGCCACCCAUAAAAGAAGAAAAAGACAGCUCUGGUUCAAUACCUACAGAAGAAAUGCCUUCAAAAAUGAGACAAAAUAUUGAACUCAACCAGUCAACUAGACAAAUUUUGUCAACCAAAUUGAAUAAUGAGAUAUUGCCACCCAUAAAAGAAGAAAAAGUCAGCUCUGGUUCAAUACCUACAGAAGAAAUGCCUUCAAAAAUGAGACAAAAUAUUGAACUCAACCAGUCAACUAGACAAAUUUUGUCAACCAAAUUGAAUAAUGAGAAGCAGACCAAUGAUACAAUGGUUGUAGAAGAUAUGGAUAUCAGUGAUGAUGAUGUCAUUGAAGUGAAAAAAGAAGUGGUGUCUAGUGACAUGGCCUUUCUAAAUUCAGUAUCAAAGAUACCGCUACCUUUAAAAAAAGAAAAAGAUAGUUUUGAUUCAAGAGCUACAAAAAUCACGACACAAACUAUUGAAAUCCACCAGUCAACGAGUCAAACUGUGUUAACAGAGUUGAAUACUGAGGAGCAGACUAAUUCUACAAUAGAUUUAGACAGUGGGGAGGUCAGUGAUGAUGUCAAUGAUGUUCCUCAGUCAACCGUAAAAACUGGAGUGGUAUCUACUAGUGAUGUGGUUUCGCUCAAAGCAGCACCGAAUUCAGCAGAGAUACCUCAAUUUGAUUUCAUAAGGAUACAUGAAAAGUUCGUCAAACAUAAUUUGGAGAUGUCAAGGAAUCUGGUCAAGGUAUCAAAAAUGUUAACUGAAUGUAAAAAGAGGAAGAAAUCCUCUAAAAAGAAAUUGAAAAAGAAAUCAAAAGAAAAGUCAAAUAGAAAGAGAAAAACUUCAUACUCAUCAAGGAGUUCCCGAUCUAGGUCACGUUCACAAAUUAAGCCCCGUUCAAGAUCUAAGUCACGUUCAAGAUCUAAGUCACGUUCAAGAUCUAAGUCACGUUCAAGAUCUAAGUCACGUUCAAGAUCUAGAUCCCGUUCAAGAUCUAGAUCCCGUUCAAGAUCUAGAUCCCGUUCAAGAUCUAGAUCCCGUUCAAGAUCUAGAUCCCGUUCAAGAUCUAGGUACCAGCCUAUAUCCAGAUCACGUUCCAAAACACCUAGUAUGAAUAAAAAAUCACUUCUACCACGAAAUAAAACAUACUACCCAAAACAAUACAGACCUCAUAAUUCAUCACGAUCUCCAUCAAGAGAAAGAAGUCGCAAGACUGAUAAAAGGAGUUUCCGCUCAAAUAAAAGGUCUAGUUCUCGUUCAAGAUCCCCACUGAGGAGGAAAUAUAGCACAGAUAGAAGCAGAAGGCGCUCCCGAUCCUCUUCUGCAAGCUCAACAAAUUCUAGUGCCUCUUCAUCUUCCUCUGUCUCCAGAAGAAAAUAUGGGUCAAGUUACAGAUCUAGCACACCAAAAUUACCAUACAGUAAUAAACCUUCCUCUACCUCCCGACAAACUGUUAUGAGGCAUAAAACCGUUCAAGAAUUUCGUAGGGGCAACAGUGUGAUGACAAGAGAAGCAGUUGUUACUACUUCGUUCAAAGAAGAGCUUCGAUGUCUCAAGAGUUCUUUGGCAAAAAAAGCCUCAUCUCCUGACGAUGCAACAGUCAAUAUACGGGACGAGCUGGAACUCGAAGUGUACAACAAAGAAGAUAAAGAUGUAACCCACAAAAGGCCGUGUGGAGACAUGCAACAUCCAUUUUACUUGCCAGCAGAAGACAUUGAACUCAAUCAGUGCAAGAUCCGUAAUGGAUAUUCGCCAGUGCAAAUCCUUCACGAAAUUUGUAUUCAACAGAACUGGGGAUUACCAACUUAUUUGCUGCUUCCCACAAACAAAGGAUUUAGAUUUGGCAUGAAUAUAAUUGACUAUAGAUUUAUAACCUACAAAACAGCUUCUCAAAAGAAGCUAGCAAAGGCAGCGGCCUCAAAAGUAGUACUGCAGUGGAUGCGAGUUAUAGAUGCCACAACUGAAUGAGAAGAAAAUCACACAAACGGGUUUUUAAACAUUUGUCUGAUUAAUAACACUUCUAAUUUAUAACACUUAAAAUAUGUUGAUUAUUGAUCCAUACCAUUAAGAUUAGCCCAUUCAAAGCUAACCACUCUUCAAACACUUUCAAACUCUUCAAACUAAUAUACUCAUUUGAAUCUUGUAACAAUCUAUGGUUGGAAAUUUAACUGAAGGUAAUCAGCUGUUGAAUUACAAUUCAAUUCACAUUUAAACCAUUAUAAAGUUAGUUGGUCCGCAGCAUCCAAAUCAAAAGCUAGGAGGAGGCAAAGUCCUAAGAAAUUACCUUGUCAUCACUCUGUACAGAAAUAGCUAUUUUUGAUAACAGCUGAUAUCAAUGAGAGUAAUUGUUUCUCAAGCUAUAAUUUAGAAAAAUCUAACGUGUUCUAAUGUUUGUUAACAAUUUUUUAUGUUUCAACAAUUCAAAUUUCAACAGAAAUAUAUGCAUUAGCUUGAUUUGCUAUGUUUUAGAUCGAAGUGUGUCUUUACUGCAAAAUUAACCUUGAACUUAAACAAAUUUUUAUAUUGUUGCCUGUGUUUGUUCGCUAUAACCAUUAGGCUUAUAUUUUUGUAUUAAAAUAAUGUUAAUUUAGGAAAUGUAAUAGUUUUAACCUUACUGAGGUUUGUUAUUCUGUUUGUUAGUAUUUUUGCGUCACGAUGAUAAGUAUCGAGCCGAUAUUGAUUUACCUGCACGUGCUCCAACUGUUCCCUUCCUCGACUUUGCCUCUCUGCUGGAUCAUCUAUCAAAUAAAUGUGAUAAGUGUUUUUGCUGUAAUAUCUCUUUUUCUUUUGUUCUGCUUAACAGAUUUUUAUGAUUGAGAAGUUAUUUUUAAGUUUAUAACCUAGCACCGGUACAAAUAGUAAUUAAAAAUAUAAAUUCCUUUAGGGCUUUAGGCUUAGAUUAAUUUAUAGAAUGGGCUUUCUUUCAAAGGUGCUGCUGACAAACAAGCUUUACAAUGUUUUUUAGGUGUGAAUUGUAAGCUGAUUAACUUGAGGGAAAUUUUUAACUGCAAUCACACUCCAAACCGCAGACAAAAACGAACAAUGAAUUUCAAAUAUGCUUUUAUUCAUAUUGUAAACUGAAUGUGGUAGGUAAACCACACUUUAUGGGGAUUUACAAUAUAAAUCAUUCAAACCAUUCAAGUGAGUUUGGAACCCUAUUUUAUAGAUUUGCUUCUUUGAAAAUGUGUGCAAUGUAUUUAUUUUUAUUAUUAUUUCUUUAUUGUAUUAUUUCAUUAGUUCUAUUGUAAAAAAUUUAAUUUUUCUGUGUACAUUUUACGUUUGGUACCUAUAAACCCAAACGACUGACUUCUUAGUUAUACAACUUAGUCUAAGAGCUGUGAUGACUAGAUGUGUAAAUAUUAAGUGUAGCAAUAAGAUGCAUUGUACUGCCAAAUUUGCUAUUGUGGUAAUUGAGCUUCCCCGAGUGCUGUGUUUAAGCUUUAAACUCGUUAACUGGCAGAGUGACUAUAAAAGUUGCAGUAGUUGGUGUCUGUAGUGGCAGACUAUUAAUGGCCGUGAUUAAGUUGGUUUUAUAACUCCAAAUAAAUGGUUGAAAACCAUUGUAAAAUUAAAUAAUUUGUAUACAAAUUGAAAGAUAAGUUUUACUUUACAUCACAAACCGAUAAAUGUAAUUGAGCACACUACUGAACAAAAAUGUCAAGCAAAGUGUUGCACCUUAUAGGCUAUCCCUAGGAAAAUUACAUUUUCGAAUGGCAUAGCCUCCACUAAAUUGUGUAGCUCAGAUUUCUUAUUGUAGAUUUUUUUGCGAAAUUCAUUUGGUACUGCAAAAUCCGUUUAGGCCUACCAGGGUUGUUUUAUUUUUGUAUUUUCUUGGAUUUCACAUAAAUAAUUUCCUGUUCAUAAAACAAAGUUUUCCUUUUUACUUUUCUUUGAAAACUACUUUAUAAAUAUUUAUAGUUUUACAAUUUUUUAAUUCUUUGUUAUAUUAUGCACAAUCCAAGAAUAUGGUUGAAUUUAUACUAAUUUUCAAAAUUAUUUCUGUGAAAUCACAAAAAUUUCCUUGCCACUACAGAUUCUACAAAAUGCCAGUUGGAGGGUUCAUAGUUGACAUGAUUUAUCAACACUUUCUGUAUUCCAUUUUGAUACAAGUGUAUGGUUAACCGAAUGAUGCCCAUCACAAAAAAAUUUCUUAUGAACCAAUAUUAUUCAAGCCAGUCUUUACUUGGUCAUCUAGCUAUUUCAUGCAACUGUCUCUUCGUGAGACUUUUACGGUAUAAAACCAUUAUCCUUGCCAGACUUCUUCCACUUCAGGUAUUUGCUCAAGCUUUAUUAUUUCUACAGACACUAACUGCAUCAAGUCCUUCUGGGAGAUGAUGUGGUUUUUUACUGGCUUGUUCUUGAUUGAUCUGGCAGUGAAAGCAUCGUUCGGUGAGUUCUCCAUUUCAUGCUGCUAGAGAAAUUAGUUUGAUGAAGUUAUCAAAUGGUAUUCAUGAAAUUCAGGCAAGCGGAUACAAUACAAAGGUUGUAGAGAAUCUGUAAAAUAUAAUACAGGAGCACAGUUUUGUAAAUUAUACUGGUGAUAUAGUUAAUAAUGUGCUAAUACGCUUUUGAAAAUUGUUACUAUUUUCUAAUGUUAACUUGUUCUAGAUUAUUUUUGUUACGCUAGUGAGAGUACAGAUCUCUCUAAUUUUGGGUAUUUUCUGACAAGUUGAAACUUGAAAGUUGAAAUUACAAAAACUGUUUUCUAAAUUAAUUAUUUUACAGUGUUGAUAUUGCAUUUUUCAUCUACAGAGACAAAUUUUAGUCUUGUAAGUUAAAUUUAACCCAUAAUUUGUUAACAGUGUAGACAAAUUAUUUAUUUUAUGUUUUUAUCGAUGUUAGAGUACAACCUCAUCAAGUCAGCCAGCCUGUAAAAAUAUGUAAUCACAAUUUUUUUUUCAUUCAGAGAAAAACACUUUAUUCUGUGUAGGAAUGUUUUGUUAAGUGAGGCAUCAGAUGUUAAGAAAACCGUUAUGAAAAUGUAUGUUUAAAUUUAUGAUUAUUUUUUGCUUUGUUAUCUCUGGCUCAACUAGGUCGUACUGCAUUAUUUCGUAAGAAAUUUCCUCACUAGGAAGAGGGUCAUUUUUUCUCCUUUCUUUUAUAUUAAAAGAUAUUGCAUUUUGAGUUGUGACUUUUAUAUUAAAAGUAUUUGGUCUUAUA